CGGGAUUCACGGUUUAUGGCCUCAUUUCACGGCCUUAGAAUACCGUGAACUCCAAUGUAAAACUGUGUACAUGGUCUGAAUCACCCUCUUUGCCCGGUCUUUGCUCCUUUUCUUCCAACUUUUGACUCUGGGGCGGGUUUCAUCUAUUGAAUCCUGAAAACUAGGGGUGGGAAUCGGUCAGUAAACGGUAAAUUGUUUACCGAAUUUACCGGUUUCGGUAUACCGAACUGGCCAAAACUGUUUACCGUUACCGAUACCGGUUUGUAACCGGUUUACCGAUUACCGAAUUACCGCUCGAAUGGAGGAUGGAGGUCCCCUUCUUUGAAGCUGCGUCGGCGAGGGAGAGUCAGGGCUCCGCUUCUUCGCCGUCGACGAGAAGCGGAGAGGAGAAGGAGAGGCGGCGGGCGAAGGAGAGGCGGCGGGAGAAGCGGACUGGAGAAGGAGAGGCGGCGGCGUCUUCUCCUCUGCACUUCUGGUUCUGGGUCGGCGACUCUACGUGCGAAGGCCGCCAAAGGGGAAGGGACGAAGGUCGAGUCGAACUGUCGCGGACUGGAGAAGGAGAGCCGGCGGUGUCUUCUGCACUUCCGGUUCUGGGUCGGCGACUGCGUGCGAAGGGGAAGGGAAGAAGGUCGAUGGAUCGAAGAGGGUGAAGAAGAGGUUCGAAGGUCGAAACGAAGGACGGAAGGAGGCGAGGCUUCGCGUUUUGGGCAGGCUUCAGCAGCUAGGGUUUCGCCGACUUUGGGUUUCAUUCACUUCCCAAAAGGCCAAAACGCAGCGUGCCGCGCCUUCCUUAUUCGGUAAUUACCGAUUUACCGACGGUAAAUACCAACCCCGUAUCCGGUAAAUUGGAUCCUCGCCGUCGCCACCGAAUACCGAUACCGACGGUAACCGGUUUACCGUUUACCAACCGUUACCGGUUCGGUAAAACGGUAACCGGUUUACCGUUUACCGACCGUUAUCAGUUCGGUAAAACGGUAAACCGGUUACCGUAUUACCGUUUGUCAGCCCUACUGAAAACCAUUGAAACAUACAAAACCUAGCGUAAAACCAACCUUUUAGGAGCACAAAUGCCACAAAUGCCCAAGUGAAAUAGGGAUAAAAUGUGUGCAAUUAG